CACAGGUCACACAGCACAGGCGCCAAAGGCAGCGAAUUCCCACUCCCGCCAUUUCCCCCGCCCGCCAAAACGAUUCCAAAACCGACCAGAUCGCCACUAUUUCUCCCCGCCAACAUGCCAAAACCGCCUCCCGCUCCCCGUCCCUACUCCCCGCACCGGUCCUCGACGUGCCUGCGGCCAUGGACAUGUCGGCGAUCGCCGCUCGCCUCGGCCUCUCGGGGUCCCGCCCCGUCGUCCGCAAGGCCGCCGAGCUCCGCCGCCUCUGCGAUGUCACCUUCGACUCCUCCGUUCUUGGCAUAGUGAGCGCCCAGAACUACUGCCCACCCUCUUCAUGUUCUUUAUCCAUCGUGGGAAGCGUCUCUGAUCUCUGUGCCUUGCAGGGGGAGGUAUGCAAGGCGAUCAUCUGCCUCGAGAUCGCUGCGUCCAAGUUUCAGGUGAUAUUUGACCGGGCGGAGGCGGUGCGAAUGAGCGGGAUGUCGGAGAAGGCGUACAUCAGAUCGUUCAAUGCGCUGCAGAAUGGUCUUGGUGUCAAGGUAACGUUGGAUGUGCGCGAGUUGGGCAUCCAGUUUGGCUGUGUCAGGCUGAUACCUUUCGUGCAGAAGGGAUUGUCACUCUAUAAGGAGCGUUUCUUGGCUGCAUUGCCGCCUUCUCGCCGAGCAAGCACUGACUUUGGUCGGCCAGUGUUUACUGCAGCAGCAUUCUAUUUAUGUGCGAAGAGGCACAAGCUCAAAGUUGACAAACUAAAGCUGAUAGAUCUAUGUGCUACUUCAAGCUCUGAAUUUACAACGGUCUCAACAUCAAUGGCAGACCUUUGCUUUGAUGUUUUUGGGAUAGCCAAGGAGAAAAAGGAUCCGAAGUACAUCAAAGGGAAUAGAGAACUGCUUGAUGUUUUGCCAAGCAAAAGAAAACAUGAGGAUGAUAGUGAUUUAUCUGGUGAAUCCUCAGAGGACGACCAAGAUGAGCUAGAUUUACCGACUCAUAAGAGGCACAAGAAGAUGGAGAAACAAGCAUACAACCAGUGGAAGUCAUCAGUUCUUUCCUCCAACAAGCAAGCCAAUACAGACCCUGCGAAGCCCAGGAAGCAAGCUCAGCUGAACUUCAAGAAGAAGCCAGCUGACAUCGCCGUGGAAGUAUCAUCAGCGGCCAACUAAAUGAAUCCCAGCUACCGUCACAUGAAUGGUGCGGAGGCUGAAGUUGCUCUAUCAGAGUAUCACCAUAGAAAUUUCUCCUGAUUGCAAAAGACACCCUCUUAUUCACCUUUUCUUAUAUGCUUUAUUGCUCUGACAUAGUAACAUUAUCCAUGAAAAAUUUUAUUGGAUGACAUCCUGGUGUAAAUGGUGACAUGUUCAUAUCGUCAUAUGCACAUGAGAAAUGUCUUGAUUCUUGAAUGAA